ACUGAGGUAUUCCUUCCCCUUGCAGGACUAGCCACAUGCUGUCUCUCUGCCCUGGCCUCUUCCACCCCAUGCCUAGUCAGAGUCCUUUUUUGGGGUAGAGAAGCCAGUCUGCGGCCCACCACAGGAGCCACCACCUGGGUCAGACAUGAAGCGCUGGCAGAUUUUUGUCCUGUGGGUUUUUUGGAUGCUCAUCCUCUGGCUGAUGACCCCCUAUCUGGAUCUGACACCUGAAUCAGCACUCCAGGAAAAACGAAUGUACUUGGUACUACGGCGUUGCAACUGCCCUUGGUUCAGUUCGGGGAAGUGUGGCUGCCCUUCUGAGACCCUCAACUGCUCCUCCUGCGGCUACACAGCCCACAAAUGGAACUGGCUUGAUGCAUGCUCCAGGAAGACCACGGGGUACCUGUUGAGGACAAGAGAGUCUAUGACCUCUGACACUGUGCCCUGGUGGUUGGGCAUGAACUCAGGAAGCCAGCUUGAGAAAUUGUGGAGGAAGCUGUCUAAAGUGAUUCCCAGGCUCUCGGUGAGCCAUUUUGAUUUCUAUUGUGGGACUUGUGUGCUGUUGGGGUGCCCACAUACCUUGCAGGGCUUCACCCUUGGCAACGACAUCGACCAAUACCCCGUGGUUUUCAGGAAUGCCAGUGACCAGGGCUCCUGGAUGCAGCUGGAGAUGCUGCUGCAGAAGCUCUCUGACCUGGUGUGGACUUCAGAUGAUCUAAGUGAUGAGAUUUUGGAAGAUGGUCUGGUUCCCUAGUGGAGUGGAAGAUAGCAAAGACAUGGUCACCGUCUUUGGAUUUGGAUCAGAAUAGCAAGGAAAGUGUUUCUAUCACUGGGAGGAGGAUAAUCAGACCAAGGGCUCCAAGGAAAUACUGCCCACGUCUAGUGCAGAAGCAGAAAUCGAAGUCAUCCAUCAGCUAGCAUGUGGACAAGCUCUCUAUUCACACAAGCUCAGCCUAGCUGAGUCCAUACAUGUCCUAUUUCUCUGGGGGUAAAGGGCAAGAGGAAAUUGUAUGGAGAUCAGUCUGGUAUGGAAUAAAAUCCUGGCCUGAUUGUC